CGCGAGGCAGAUUUUUGCUUUCUAAUUACCAUGGACUAGUGUACAGAUGACUGUACCGGUAGGCACCCCGGCCUUCCCUGAAGAGAUACUUCCGAAUGCGAAAGAACGAGAACAGCCCAAACAACGGCCAAGAAGUGGGCUUGUAUUGCAGACCUUGUGUUGGUGGACGUCCUGUCGACCUCCUCUGCUAUCCUUGAGGAGGUUUUCCCGUGUAUAUUGAUCACAGUGUGACUACUGGUAGAAGAUGACCUCGUCCGUAUCAUUGGGUGCCCAGCCCCCAACUCGUACUUUGUUCGACGUGAAGGUAGCUCUUUUAGGUCCCGUUUCGGCUGGUAAAACGACGGUGUUGAAUGCUCUGCUGGGGGCGGACUACGGGCGUGUCAAGAGCUCGAGAUCUACUUCCUCUGCUGCUAAAAAGUCUGGAGUGGCAAAGCCGAAACGAACCAGCACAGAAGUUGUCUUUUACCGCUUGUUCGGUUCUUCUACGGGACCUUCUGUCAGAGAUCAAGACGAGCAACAAUCCAAUGGAGCCAAUGCCAAUGAUACUAGUGCUACCACUGCCAGCAGUCACUAUCCACGGAGUAAUGUGGUCUCCGUCGUGCCAACAUCAGGUCCAGUCAUCCCUAGUAAUGCUUUGCAACUUCCAGUGCAGCUUCAGCAGCAAGCUCUCAUUCAUCCGCAAGCAGCAGCCGCUCUGCAACAUGACCUUACCACUCCCACCAAGAGUCAGUCAUCGUCCAGUCUAUCUCAACGGCAUGUCGAUGUUUACUUGCCAGCAGGAGACUUAUUCCAAAUGAGACAAGACACACAACUGGUUUUGGUCGAUAUUCCAGGUUUGGACGUCACACUCUCCAAAGCAAGCAAGAACGCCGCCACCACUACCGGUACUACCGGGAGCACAAGACCACAGCAUUGCCCCUACACAGACUAUGUCAAGACACACUGGGACUCCUUUGAUUGCAUUGUCAUUGUACUCGAUGUCACGGCCAAUCCAACCGAGCAAGAGCAACUACUCAAAUUUGUCAAACAACAACUCGAUAGACAAACCAGACAUCCUGUCCUCUGUCUUUGGAACAAACUAGAUGAUCCAUAUGACCCAAAGGGACUCCAAAUCAUACGACAAACGCAAAGCUUGGUCAACUUGGUCAUGCGGGGAGACACCAGCAGAAGCAACACCAAAAAACGAACCAGUCAAUCCAACAAACGAAGCACAGUGGAUGGAGGUAUACCCUUUCAGCUGCCACCCUUCUUGGGAAUUCCAUAUACCUUUGGACCACCCAUGACAGAAAAAGAGCUACAAUCCGUUCAAGACACACAAAAGACAGCCACAGCACUCAUAGAAGCCCCAACUACAGUUCACGAAGACGACGAUCAUAGCACUUAUUCUACUUCACCGCAACAACCCGCCAUCAACAAUACAACAACAACAACAACCACCCUUGCCAUUCCCUCGUCUCAUCAUCAACCCCCUCUGCAAUUCCUACCAGUAUCUGCUAAGGAAGCACUCGUCUUUAAAAUUGUCUCCAAAAUGACACUGGAAGAAUUCGCCCCCUUUCUAGAACGAGAUUGGAUGGUAGAACGACUGGGGAGAGAUCAAAUUGGACUACGAAGAUGGAAUCGAUUGUCACGACAAGAGCAGAUCGAGGAAUCCUACUACAUGCUCAAAGAUCCGGCUGAAUAUCAACGAGCCUUGCACGAAUGUGGAUACGUGGCUGUCGAAGCAGCAUUAGGCCAAUUGAUUGGGAAUCAAGAUGGAGCACAGACAAUAAUACUGGAAACCAGAAUGGAAUUGAGUCUCCGGGCGCUGUUGGAACCGGACCUGCAGCUCUUGCCAUCAGAUGCAUCGUUGCUAUUGGCACCGCAGCUGUAUUCCGUGUUCACAAAGUUCCAAGUCCUGUACGGGAACACUGAUGCGGCAUUGGUUCUACCACAGCAAUUGCAAACGGCGUUUUGGACAGCCUAUGAUAAAACGGAAGUCGCGGCUCUCCAAACCGUCGUCCAGCAGGGUCUCACAAGCAUCAAGGCAUUGGCAGAACCCAUUGGACAGUUGUUGUCAUACCAUACAGUUUCAAAAGCAUUGGGAUGGACGGAUGGGACCAAUCUUGUGGCCAAGAAAAUGAAACACCUGGCAAAGCAGUUUCUACAACUGCUGUUUGAGCAAGAAUCACGAUACGAUUACGAUGGAUGGGGGGACCAAUUUCAAUCUACGUGUCAUCAACACGGAGCUACUUCCAACCAACCGCAGCAACCAAAGACCAAACAAAACACGUCCAACAGCAACAGUAGUAGCCCUUGGCAAUCCCUAUCACCCAAAGAUUGGAUCACGGUUUGGAGCUCCAUUCUGUUGCUGUCCUACGAUAGACACUUUUGUCAACAAUUUUCCCGAGAAAAGCUAGUCAUGGAAGAGCUACUGGAACGGGCACGACAGUCAUGGAAAUCGUGUGCGGCGACGGUCGUCUUGCGAAUAUGUCCGUACUGCGUGGCUCCUUUGGUGGCAUUUCAGAAUGAGUGGCGAUGUCCCAAUACGUGCCAAUUCGCCUUUCAUACCUGCUUCCCUUCCACUGCCUGCAAUGGCUGCAAAUACCGAUUCGACAACGUAUACGAAACGGAGCACGUCUGCCCGGGCAAUGGAUACACUUACAGUACACAACAAACGCUGCAUGCCUGGAUGCGGACUUUUUACGACCGCACUCAGACGCUAGUACCCAAUUUUCCAGCGCUGUACAAUCAGGUGGCCCGGCUAGGAGACAUUCCUGAGUCUUUGUCGCAUCACAACCAUGUGGGACAUGCUUUCUAUCAGUUUUGUCAUUUGCAAGAGCUGAUGCUUCAAGAAUCAGCCGCGGCUGCUGGGAGGCGGUUUUAGCAUAGUCAGGGUGAAGGGCUGCAGUGACAUUCCGAUCUGCCAAGACAUUGGUUGCUUAAAGAUUUGAAGAGCGCAAGAACACAAGUUUGGCGGAAUUUGUGCUGAAAAUUGGAACAGUGAAGCCACCGCGAUGGAGCUAUGCCACUUGGGGGCGUGGAGUUUGCAGGGGAUCAGAACGGUUUUGGCUUCGGCAUUGGCCCCGAUGAUCGUGUCUACAGGUUAUUGUUGAGGCACUGUUUGGCUCCCCACCGUGGAUUGAGCACAGCUCGAUUGGACAGCCGCGAAUACGCAACCCAAUGCUUUACAGCUGAUCUACUUCAGCAAUAAUCAUACUAGACCAGCCAGACGCACAUGUUGUUAACGCGAGAGGCAAUGACGGUACCAAUUCCCUGCAUUAGUGUAGUCAUCUCCUACUACUGCAAAACUC